AUGGAUGUAUAUCUUCAACACCGUUCUAUAACAGAAUUACCGUUCUACAACUGCAGUUCUUUGUCUAAAGAAGAUCUUGCCAGCAUAAAUGCUAUACGUCAUCCUCUGCGUGGGAUUACAGGUUUCAUCAUUGGAUUCCCUAUGACAAUCAUAUACAUACUCUGUCUACGAGUGAUGCUGCAACCGGCUAUAAUCAGGAAAUCUUGUUAUAAAAUUAUGUUUGUCGUCGGACUGUAUGACAUUGGUGUCAUUAUUCUGAACAAUUUCAUCAUAUGUUACAGCUUAACUUUUGGUUUGGCGUUUUGUGAUGCUCCUAAUCUAUUCUACACUAUUGGCUCCCUUCAUAUUAUGUCCUGGACAGGUGUUUGUUACUUUUGUCUUUACCUUGCGUUCAAUAGAAUAUUGGAAGCUCUAAAAUUGAGGCGUGAAACUAUUGAUUUCUUCUUUUCCCCCUAUCGGACGAUGAUAGGUUGUUUAAUAGGGUUUUUAUACUCUUUGUACGGUUGCUUCUUUAACUCGCCAGUAGUCUAUUCAAACGUGGAGGCAACACCAGUCCCGAAUCCUCUCGACAUGGAAUUUCCUCCCGGUUUCGAGCUAAGAGAAACUUUCUUGAUAGCGAACAACUAUGGAGUUGUAGUCAUAACCACUGUUUUGUACGGAUUAUUUUGUGCAAUUAUGUACAAAAAGAUCAAGAAACUUGGUGUCAAGGAUAGUCAUAAUCGUCUGCAACACCAGUUAUUCAUACAAACAACUUUGAUGUGUGGUUUCAAUUUCAUCUGUUCUGUAACAUACGCAUCUGUCUUGUUCCUGGAUGAUUUCAUCAUAGUUACCAAAAUAGCUUUCUUCAUCUAUCAAUUCACAUCAGGACUCCAAGCUCUUAUCUACUUGAUUUGCAAUCAGACUAUCCUGAAUGGAGUUAAGGAUAUUAUAUAUCCUCUUCUGAAGAUUGAACGGAAACAAGGAUUAGAUAUGAGAACGAAAGUCGAAAAAACUAAUGAAUCGAGUCAACCUGCAGUUCACGUGAUAUCUGUCAUGGAAAGUAAACCUCGUUUAACUUGA